AGCUGAGCCUAAUAUAUUCAGGACACCCAUCUCUGCUCCCUCUGUACAUGGACGCUUGUUUUGGCCAACAACAGCAAGCUCGAGUUAGCUUUAUUUCAAGUCCAUGGCUCCCCCUCUCCAAGUCCAGGGCUCAACCACCGUGAGCUCACCCAGCAAAGGGAAGGCACCACCUCUCAAUGAGAGGAUACUCUCAUCCAUGUCCAAGAGGUCUGUUGCAGCACACCCCUGGCAUGACCUUGAGAUAGGGCCUGAGGCACCAAUCAUCUUCAACUGUGUCAUCGAAAUACCCAGAGGCAGCAAGGUCAAGUAUGAACUUGAUAAGAAAACCGGGCUCGUAAAAGUUGACCGAGUUCUCUACUCUUCAGUGGUCUAUCCCCACAACUACGGAUUCAUUCCUCGCACACUGUGCGAUGAUAGCGAUCCUUUGGAUGUGCUGGUCAUAAUGCAGGAGCCAGUUAUCCCAGGCUGCUUCCUCCGGGCAAAGGCCAUCGGUGUCAUGCCUAUGAUCGAUCAGGGAGAGGCAGAUGAUAAGAUUAUUGCAGUCUGUGCUGAUGAUCCUGAGUACAAGCAUUACAAUGAUAUCAAGGAUCUCCCACCUCAUCGCUUAGCUGAAAUCAGGCGUUUCUUUGAGGACUACAAGAAGAAUGAGAAUAAAGAGGUGGCUGUCAACGAUUUCCUGCCUGCCACUUCUGCUUACGAGACCAUACGCCAUUCCAUGGAUCUAUAUGCUACUUACAUCCUUGAGGGCCUACGCAGAUAGGAGGUGCCUUUUUACUGCUGAAGAUGUUGAGAAAAACAUGGACACGUUACAUUACAAACAUAUACUACCAUUCUUUUCUUAGUAUGUUUAUCCUAGAUAGUUUGUAGCCUUGAUGAAAGUACGCCCAUUCUUUUUCCCAGCUCCUAUAUGUGAUAUGAAUAACUGAUUGAGUAAAAUCGUAAAUUUUGGAUGAAAUGAUGUGUGCUUCAGGAUA